GCUGCCGCGCGACUGCAGUGUUGGCCGUAGCCGCCCACCAGGCGGCGAGAGCGAUGGCGGAGGAGGUGAGCGCCCUGAUGAAGGCCACGGUCCUGAUGCGGCAGCCCGGGCGGGUGCAGGAGAUCGUGAGCGCCCUCCGCCGGGGCGGUGGAGACCAGCUGCAGGUGAUUUCCGAUUUCGACAUGACCUUGAGCAGAUUUUCCUAUAAUGGAAAGCGAUGCCCAUCCUCUUACAAUAUUCUGGAUAACAGUAAGAUAAUCAGUGAGGAGUGUCAGAAGGAGCUCACGGCACUCUUCCACCACUAUUACCCCAUUGAGAUCGACCCGCACCGCACCGUCAAAGACAAGUUCCCGCAUAUGGUGGAGUGGUGGACCAAGGCGCACAACCUGCUGUGUCAGCAGCGGAUUCGGAAGUGUCAGAUCGCACAGGUGGUGAGGGAGUCCACCGCGGUGCUCAGGGAGGGCUACCAGACGUUCUUCCACACGCUCCACCACGCCGGCAUUCCCCUGUUCAUCUUCUCGGCGGGCAUUGGGGACGUCCUGGAGGAGAUCAUCCGACAGAUGAACGUGCUACACCCCAACGUGCACAUCGUGUCCAACUACAUGGACUUCGAUGAAGACGGUUUCCUCCGGGGCUUCAAGGGCCAGCUCAUCCACACGUACAACAAGAACAGCUCCGUGUGUGGGAACUCUGGCUACUUCCAGAAGCUUCAGGGCAGGACCAACAUCCUCCUGCUGGGAGACUCCAUGGGCGACCUCACCAUGGCCGAGGGGGCACCUGAUGUACAGAACAUUCUCAAGAUCGGCUUCCUAAAUGACAAGGUGGAAGAGCGGCGGGAGCGCUACAUGGACGCCUACGACAUUGUGCUGGAGCGGGACGAGACGCUGGACGUGGUCAACGGGCUGCUGCAGCACAUCCUGCACCCAGGGGACCACAUGGAGAUGCAGGGCCGCUGAGGGUUCGGCGUGGCCGGGAGGGUGUCUCCCCAGGGCAGCCAGGUGCUGCGGGGCCCUGCUGCACCCGCCGCCUGCACCAAGGGAGGCCAGCAGGAGGACAGCGGCACCUGCUGUUCCAAAAAUGAGCCGAGGGCCACCGCUUGUUCACUGUCUUCAGGUCGUCUUGUCUGGGGGGCGCUUUUAAAUAUUUUUUUUAAAAACAUGGGAAGCUGUUCUUUAAUGUAUGAAACAGAUGAAAAUAAAAACAAACUGUUCUGA